AUGAAGACAAAGAUUCGACACACGGAGCCACACAGCAACAGAAAGCUCUCCGGCAUGAAGCUUGGAAGUACUCCACGGCAGUCCAGAGAGACUCUCUCCACUCAUCACCAAGAGAGGCCCAAAUCUGACAGUUAUCAGGAAGUCCAAGCUACAGAAAGCAUCCUGUCCAGCCUUAUCCCUCCAAUGCAGUUCCCACACUUUGAGAACAACAGAAAGAAGGCUACGUCUCUGUCUCGGGAGCAGGGGAUGGGCUCUCUCCAUGUCACCAAAAGACAGCGCAAACUGCUCAAAACAAGUCCCUUAAUCCAUUACAACAAAAAUAAUACUUCCUUGUGCUCCUCGUCCUCACCAUCUGCUUCUUCCUUGUCUUCGAGUUCUUCGUCGUCCCUAGUUUCCUCCCUGUCUGCCGUUCUCUCUUCCAGUGUUUCUGACCCUGCUUUCCAAGAAAAUUGGAGAAAGCGUUCCAGAAUUCUAGAGGCACGCCAACAGCUGAUGAAAGAGAUCUGCGCCAAGUACAAAAGCAGCAUCUCUAAGACCAUUACGCGUAAUCAUGUGAAACACCUCUUUGUGGAGGAUAAAUACAAGUUGUUGUACUGCCAGGUUCCGAAGACGGGAUGCUCAAACUGGAAGAGGACCCUGAUGGUGCUGGCGGGCCGGGCCUCCAACGCUCAGAGCAUUAAACAUGACACAGUCCACUACGGGGGGUACCUUAAGACGCUCGAUAGCUUCGACCAAAAACAGAUUAUGCACCGUCUGGAAACGUACAAAAAAAUCCUCUUUGUUCGCGAACCGUUGGAGAGAGUUGUGUCAGCAUACAGGGACAAGUUUGAGAAUCCAAACGACUACUACCACUCCCUGUUUGGGAAACCCAUCAUAUCCAAAUACAGGGUGAAUCCAUCUGAGAAAGCCCUGAAGACGGGCAGCGGGGUCACAUUCAAGGAAUUUGUUCAAUACCUGCUGGAUGUCCACCGGCCUGUGGGGAUGGACAUCCACUGGGAGCAGGUAAACCAGCUCUGUCAUCCUUGUCUCAUAAACUACGACUUUAUCGGCAAGUUUGAAAACAUGGAGGAGGAUUCUAACUUUGUUCUACGGCUGAUAGGGGCCCCAUCCAGCCUCACACUACCCAGUUUUAAAGACAGGAACCCAAACGACAAGAGAACCUCAAAUGAAAUAACAGAAAAAUACUUUUCGCAGGUCAGCAUGAUGGAGAGACAGCGAGUAUAUGACUUCUACUACAUGGACUAUCUGAUGUUUAACUACUCCAAGCCUUUUAAAGAUUUGUAUUAAUUGACUCCCCUCACGAUCUUGAUUCUGCCCCAUGAUCAUGCUAAUAAUGUUAACAUGAAGCUGCUCACUUACAUUUCAUAUGGGCCUUUGGGUCGAUACGGAGAUGUCAGAGACCAAACUUCCUCAAAAUUUCUCAUGACCAAAUGACAUUCAUUGUAAAGGUAACUGUGAGAUAAGAUACUUCAUGUUCUGUUCGAUGAGGUUUGUUUAAUUUUUCCUGAUUUUAAAAGAACACAUUUUCAAAAAGCAGAUGAUGGAAAUUUUUAAAAAUGAAAUAGUCCAUUUUGAAAAAAACAAGUUUAACAUUGUUCCACAGGCUUCAAACCAUGCUUCCUGUAAGUCAAGUAGAACUUCAAGUGUGUAUUAGGGUUGGCUAAGCGAGGCAUUCGAUCACACUGCUGAAUAUCCCCACCUGUCCGGUAAGCAUUUAUGGAAACUGUCACUUUAGUCUUCACUGACCUCAUUUCAUCCAAAUCAGCUCUUUUUAAAAUUGGAAAAAAUCUAAUCUACUAUUAAGUUUACUCAGCAUCAGUAUACCUCAGCGUACACUAAUACUGAAAGGCUUUACUCUAUGUGAAACAUAAGAAAAGAAAUAUCUCUAUAUAGUAUAACACUUUAAACGUGUCAAAUGAUGCCCUCUCAGCAACAGUGUGCACUUAUUGUAGCAAUUUUAUACUUCUAACAUUGUCCGUUAUUGGUUUGUGCUGUAGUCUAACACAAUUGUGCGCUGGGUCCUCCGUCACUGGAGGUGUUUCUUGAGCUGUUGACUGCAGGACAUCCGCAUGCCUGCAGGGUGCAAAGUGUCGCCUCCUACGGUCGAUGCUGCAGACUUCCCAGGUCAGUCUCUCUCAAAACAAAGAGAAAUAUUCGAUCACCUAAUUAAAACACACUCACACACAAAGUAAUGAUUCCAAUUAUGUUUCAACAAAUGUUUUUCUUUUGGAAAAAUGUAUGAUUUGGAUUUGAAAUCUUGGGUUGAAAAGGAGUAUGUGCAAACUUCAUCAUCCACAACAUAAAACAGCUCCUGAACAGCUUCCACUUCACUAACAGAUGUCACCCUGUCUAUAGCCUCUCUGUGUGUCACAUUUAUUCUGCACCGCUGUACAGGCUUCUUUUCUGACUCUACUGUGUAGAAUUGCAUAAUGGGCAUUCAGAUGACUAUCUAUUUUUCUAUGUAUUUCUAAAAUAUACACAUAUACAUAUGGAUAUAUAUAUAAAUGCAUAUAUAUUUAGUGCUUCUUGGUGAAGGUAUGUUUUUUCUCCUUUUUGAUGUCAUUUAUCCCUCUUUCAGUAAUUCCAGUGUAGAGUGUCGUGUCACUGAAGAGUCUCUUUCCAAAACAAAAUAGAAGCACAUGUCUAACUCUUAUCAAACUAAUCAAAGGGGAAAUGACAGAACUUGAAGAUUUGGUUGUAACAAGUUCUUAUAAACUGAAAAUGGAUAUGUAUAAUUUUGGAAAAUGCUCUUUUAUGACUCCUCCCUGAUGUGUUUGGAUUCUAAAUAGGAUAAUAGAUUUUGCACAGAUGAGCUUCAUUCCAUCUCUUUGUCCACCCUUGCUAAUGAACUUUUGAACAUAACAUGUCCUUGCGUGUAUGUAUGCACACUUGUGAGUGUGCACCUGUGGUAUUGAAAAAGCUUUUUAGAUGUAUUGCAAUCUCUCCUUUUACAUCUUUCCUAAAUAUGUGAGAUAUACACAGACAGCUAAAACACACUGCAGCUGUACUGUUUUCUGUGUAAGAUUACUAGACUUCUUCUUCACACCACCCAUUUUUCAAGCUGUCAACCUUUUCCUCCAAUUUGACAGGUUUGAUCACAUAUCAAAUGUGCACAUGAAGAAUUGCACAACUACAAGCAGGCCGAAAGUGCUGAAUUAGGGAUCAAAUGCAAAAUGGGAAACACAUCUCUUAUACAUUACAGGCUUUAAUAUCAGAUAAAAAGAACCCCAAGCGCAGACCAGCAAUGGUGGGCUUUUCAUCUGCUGAGUAGUUUGGUAGACGCUGAUAUCUUUUGAAAAGAAAAUUAGGUUUAAAUUGCCACGGUCUGUAAUUGUUUUGCGGUGCUCCUAUCAUAGUGGAAAAUACAACAACUUAGCUGCUUAGAACGUCGAUCCAGGAAAAAUACGAAAAAUGAUAGCUAAGUGAAAGGCAACAGGCUGUUUCUUUCCAUGAGAGUAGAGUGGAAUUAGUUUCUCUUGUGAUGGGGGGCGGGGGGGGCAUCUCCUGUGAAGUAUCAGUCAGUAUUCAGCUAUGCUUUGAAGCUCAGUGGAAUGUGAUUUACGUUGACAAAAUUAUCUCUAGUGUUUUUUUUGCCAAUCUAUAGUAAAUUUACAGAGUAAACUCUAUAAUCAAUUUCUGACAACUUUCAACCAUUUUGCUGGUAUUAUCCUUACACGGUGAUGGUAAAUGUUCAUAACUGUAUGAACUUUUGGUCAGUUGGCUUUUGCAAUUUGUAAAAUCUCAUUUUGGGUCAGAACGUGGUCAGGCUCUGUAGGUUUAGACAAGCUGUUGCCAAAACUGCUUUUGCAUUAUGCUGAGUCGUAUUCUCUCCUUGCCCUUUGGCUAAUAAAGUUUUCUUGCUAUGUGGGUGUGUGUGGAACAAAUUUAUCAAAAGCAUAAUCACAGUAACAAGUGAAUGUAUAACUUACUGUUGGUGCAAACCUGUAGAAAAGAUUAUCUUAAGCCCUUUGCCUUAUUUUACACUGCCAAUCAAAUGGUGUAUUUCAGGAAGACAUUUUUUCAGGUGGUUAUUUCUGGCUGAUGAGUAUCUACUAAUAAAUUGUCUUUUA